AUGAGAACAGAUAUAGAAAGCCUUUGGAUUUUUGCAUUAGCUUCAAAAUGCAUAAACUCUAUCUACUUUAUUCUCUUCAUUGUUCUGUUUUGGCUAGUCAUGAACAUCAUUUACUGGUCUCAUCCUGGAGGCCCUGCUUGGGGAAAAUAUAAUUGGAGGAAAAAUUCCUGUUUAACUAAUAACAACAAUAAUAUACCCGGCCCAAAAGGAUUUGUCCUAGUAGGAAGUAUGAACCUCAUGGUUGGUUUAGCACAUCGCAAAAUAGCAGCGAUGGCUGAAUCUUGCGUAGCCAAGCGUCUCAUGUCGUUAAGCCUAGGCGAAACCCGAGUUAUCGUUACGUGUAAUCCAGACGUAGCUAAGGAGAUUUUGAAUAGCUCUGUUUUCGCUGAUCGUCCUGUAAAAGAAUCAGCAUACAGUUUAAUGUUCAACAGAGCAAUUGGUUUCGCUCCAUACGGUGUCUACUGGCGUACCCUUCGGAAAAUUGCAGCCACGCACUUGUUCUGUCCCAAGCAAAUUAAAGCUUCGGAAGCUCAACGUUUUCAAAUUGUAAGACAGAUGGUUACAAUGUUCCAAUUAGGCGGACAGGACGACGUAGUUCGAGUUAGAGAUGCUUUAAAAUUGGCUUCUUUAAAUAACAUGAUGUGUUCUGUUUUUGGGCGAAAAUAUAGUCUUGAUUGUUGUAACGCAGAAACAGAGGAAUUGGGAAAAUUGGUUGAGGAAGGUUAUGAGCUUUUGGGUAUGCUUAAUUGGUCUGAUCAUUUAUCUUGGCUAGCUGAAUUUGAUCCACAAAAAAUACGGCUCAGAUGCUCUCGUUUGGUACCUAAAGUGAACAAGUUUGUUAGCAGGAUCAUCAACGAACAUAAGGCUCAAUUGGGUGAUGUUCAUCCUGAUUUUGUGCAUGUCUUGCUCUCUCUUCAAGGCUCUGAACGAUUAUCAGACUCUGAUAUGAUCGCCGUACUUUGGGAAAUGAUAUUUAGGGGGACUGAUACGGUAGCGGUAUUAAUAGAAUGGAUAUUAGCAAGAAUGCUAAUUCAUCCUCAAGUUCAAUCAAAGGUCCAAACAGAAUUGGACCGGAUCGUCGGAGAAUCACGUGCCUUGACGGAGUCCGAUGUAUCGGAGAUGACAUAUCUACCGGCUGUAAUAAAAGAAGUACUAAGGUUACACCCUCCAGGUCCACUACUCUCGUGGGCCCGCCUUGCUAUAACAGAUACAACGGUGGAUGGGUAUCACGUGCCGGCUGGGACCACUGCCAUGGUAAACAUGUGGGCCAUAACCCGAGAUCCAGAUGUUUGGGCUGACCCACUUGAAUUCCAACCCGAAAGGUUCGUAAAUGGGCCGGAUUUUUCGGUUUUAGGAUCCGAUUUGAGGCUUGCACCGUUUGGAUCCGGAAGGAGAACUUGCCCCGGUAAAACACUGGGCCUUACUACAGUUACCUUUUGGGUCGCAACGCUUCUACAUGAAUUCCGUUUUGGGCCCAUUGAGAAUAACGGGCCUGUUGACUUAUCUGAGGUAUUGAGGCUAUCUUGUGAAAUGGUCAACCCACUUACCGUUAGGGUCAGACCAAGACAUGCUCUUCAUCAAACCCAAUAAUUGCAAUUUAAAAAAAGGA